GUUAUGCAUUUAUUAUAAUUGAAUGAGUGUAGAGACACACACACACAGAGAGAGAAGAGCAUGCAGUGUGACUUUGCUCUGCUCCAGUGAUUCUGUUCUUCAUAAUCUCCAGCGAUGUGUGUGAUAAUGUGUGUAUUGUCUCGUGAUGCAGGCCUCCAGUCCGUCUGGGAAACCUCUAUCCUUCCUGUAGUGGACGAUAUGGGAAUUAAAGAAGAUUCUGGAACAUCUGGGAUCAGAGAAACACGUCAAGAGUCAAGCAUGUGAUCCAGUCUCUGCCAUGGGUCCUGACCCCAUCUGCUCGGACCUGGUAAACUUCAGUUCCAUCUGCUCCACCCUGGUGGGCUCCAUUUCCUUCUGCUCUGCCCUUGUGGGCUUAUGUCCCAUCUACUUGGCUGUGGUGGUCCUCUGCUCUGCCCUGGUGGGCUCCAGUUCCUGCUCCACCCAGUUCCUGCUCCACCCUGGUGGGCUUCUGUUCCAUCUGCUUGGCUGUGGUGGUCCUCUGCUCUGCCCUGGUGGGCUCCAGCUCCGUCUGCUUUGGCCUGGUGAGCUCCAGUUCCAUCUGCUCUGCCCUGGUGGGCUUAUGUCCCAUCUACUUGGCUGUGGUGGUCCUCUGCAUUGCCCUGAUGGGCUUCAGUUCCAUCUGCUUGGCUGUGGUGGUCGUCUGCUCCGUCCUGGUAGGCUCCAGCUCCGCCUGUUUUGCCCUGGUGGGCUCCAGUUCCUGCUCCACCCAGUUCCUGCUCCACCCUGGAUUUCUGCUCUAUUGUCUCUGCCUCAGGCCCCUGCCACUCCACUUCCACGUGGACUUGGCCCUCCAUCCCUCCCCUCCUUGUGCCUCCGCUCCACCACCCUCCUGAAUCGUAAAGUGUUUGGAGCAUCUGGAAGCCGCUCCUUGUGGGGAUGGGGGGAGGGGUGAAAUGUCAUGAAUCUGGUCUAGGACCUAACAUUCACUCACCACCAGAGGUCACCCGCUCACUACAUGGACUCUUGCACCACACCCACUCUUGCACUUCACCCCAGACUACAGGUACCAUCAUCCACUGCACUGAUUACACACACACAGCUGAAACCAGUCACACAUUCACUAUAUAACACUCAUCCAUAUCACUUUCAAACUGCAGAGUAUUGUUUAGCCCAUGUCGUCUCGUUUCCUGCCUUGUCUUGCCUUCGUGUUUUGUUCUUGGAUUGUUUACCUCGUUUUUGAUUCUUAUUUUGGGACUUACCCUUCGGAUUACCCUGUCUGGAUAUAGUUGGCUAUCGAAGACCCACGCCUGCCCUUGGAUUAUUCUUGUGUCGUGCCCUAUAUAUACCUGUUUGCCGUUGUUUGACCCAUGCCUGUUUUGACCACUUCUUUUUUCAAUAAAAGCUUGCACAUGGA